AUGAAUGAAAAACGGUGCAGGUGGUCUCGAGGCAAAGUUUUAGGAGGGUCCAGCGUAUUAAACAAUAUGUUGUAUGUGCGUGGAAACCCAAUGGACUUUGAAAGCUGGUUGGAGCAAGGUAAUUCAGGUUGGGGGUACAAUGACGUGCUCCAAUAUUUUAAAAAAUCGGAGGACAACAAAAACUCGUCCUUAGUGCGUACUCCGUACCAUUCGGCUGGCGGCUAUCUCACGGUGUCGGAAGCUCCAGCCAAUACCCCAUUAGCCGAAGCGUUCAUGGCGGCCGGGAGAGAAAUGGGCUACGAUGUACACGAUAUUAAUGGCCAACGUCAAACGGGUUUUAUGGUACCACAAGGAACCAUCAGAAAUGGUUCAAGAUGCAGUACGGCGAAGGCAUUCUUGAGACCAGCCAGGUUACGAAGAAACCUGCACGUGACACUGAACACGCUUGUCACACGAGUUGUCAUAGAUCCUCUAACGAAAAUCGCGAUGGGUGUCGAACUGAUAAAAAAUAACAUUAGGUACUACGUUCGGGCGGAAAAAGAAGUGUUGCUGUCAGCGGGUCCUAUCAAUUCGCCAAAGUUGCUUAUGCUCUCUGGCAUUGGUCCUGAAAGUCAUCUGGCAGAAAUGGGUAUACCCAUUAUUUCCAAUUUAGACGUAGGAAAAAAUCUUCAAGACCACAUCGGACUUGGUGGAUUGACGUUUUUGACCAAACAACAGGUUUCACUAACGCAUAAAAGAGUGCAAAACCUCGAUACGAUAUUCAGCUAUGCGCAGAUGCGCCAAGGACUACUAACGAUCAUGGCCGGCGUUGAAGGAAUGGCGUUCAUUAAUUCCAAACACGGCAAUAUAUCAGUUGAGCAACCAGACAUCGGAUUGAACUUAGUGUCUGGGUCCACCAUUACUGGUCUUUGUGGAAACAACACUUGGAAAGCUCACGGGCUAAAAGAUUGUUUUUAUGAUUCGAUGUAUAAAUCGAUUCUUCACAAAGACGUUUGGUCCGCUCUACCUAUAUUGUUGAAGCCCAAGAGCCGCGGCGAAAUACUGUUGCGGAGUGCCAACCCGUUCGACUCUCCCAAGAUUUUUCCCAACUACCUGACUGCCCAAGAGGACGUGGACACGCUGGUGAGGGGUGUCAAUUUUGUGCUGGAAAUGGCCCAGACUGCGUCUCUCCGCAAGUUCGACAGCAGUCUGCACGACGUACCGUUCCCCGGUUGUCAGACGGUGCCAUGGCACUCGGACGCCUACUGGGAGUGCAUGGUUCGGCAUUACACCGUGUCCACGAACAAUCCGGCGGGUACCGCCAAGAUGGGUCCCGCGGGUGACAAGACCGCCGUGGUGGACCCACAGCUCCAAGUGUACGGCGUCAAUGGGCUCCGGGUGGUGGACGCGUCCAUCAUGCCUACGCUUGUUUCCACCAACACCAACGCUCCGGUCAUAAUGAUAGCUGAGAAGGCUGCGGAUAUGAUAAAGAGUUCAUGGCCUAGUAUCCCGUCUCGUUUCUAUGACUGUAUGACAACAGGAAGAGCGAGAAUAAUAUACGAAAAAUUGAUUUUUUAAUAUUUUUUUUUGUUUUGAACGCAUAAUAAUAUUAUUAUAACAAUGUGAGUAAAAACUAAAAUUGCACUCAAAUCGUUUUAA